CGAAAAUAGUAUUUGUUCUCAUCACGAGACGACACCUCUUACAUGGCUUCGAGGGUUCUGAUAGAGGUUUUCGAUAUAUAAGCCCAGUUCCAAGAUGGUGAACUUAGACGUGAAUGCAAUACAAGCCAAGCAAUCUGGCAACAGCUGAACUCCACUCAACGAAACCAGCCUCUCAAGAUGCCUCUCUAUCAACCGGAGAACUUGUACGCUCCAAUCCUAUCGCAAUUCUCUCUCAAAGGAAAGAUUGCGGUAGUGACUGGAGGUUCAAGGGGUAUCGGUGCAGAAGUCGUUCGCGGGUUGGCAGAAGCUGGCGCAGACGUCGCAUUUAUCUACAAGACGAACGCCGAGGCCGACGAAACAGCCGCCCGAAUCGCAAAAGAGACAGGUGUUCGUGUCCAGGCAUACCGCUCUGAUGUCACAUCCCGAGACACCAUUGCGAAAACCAUCAACCAGAUCGCCAGUGAGUUUGGCGGAGGCCGCAUAGACAUAGCCGUGGCCAACGCGGGCGUCUGUGCAAACGUGAAGUCGCUUGAGUAUACGGAGAGGACAUGGCAGGAUAUCAACAGCGUCAAUUACGACGGCGUCAUGUGGACUGCGCAGGCCGUGGGAAACAUCUUCAAGAAGCAAGGGAGAGGAAACCUGGUCAUCACCGCUUCCGUGAGCGCUAUUCUGGUCAACGUGCCCCAGGAGCAGGCUGCAUACAAUGCUUCCAAGGCGGCGGUUGUGCAGCUUGCCAAAAGUCUGUCCGUUGAAUGGGCCGACUUUGCGCGCGUCAAUUGUGUAUCGCCUGGAUACAUCCUCACCGAGAUGUUGACAAAGCAGCCGAGAGAGCUGAUGGAGCAUUGGCUAUCAAUGAUCCCAGGUGGCCGGGUUUGUCACCCUGCUGAGCUAAGAGGACUCUAUGUCUUCCUUGCCAGUGAUGCAUGUUGCUACAUGACAGGCUCGAACGUAGUGAUCGAUGGCGGGUACACAUUGCCGUAG